UGUUUCGUGUUUCGCUUUGUUGGUCGUGGACCACUGCUGUGUUCUGACAGCUUUGCCGCUUUACUUCAAUGACUUUCCCAUGCCACUUUUCAACUUUUCGUUCUUGCAAGCAAGGGUAUCUUUUUACAAGAUACAUCAACCCAAAGGAAGUGUGCGGGGAAGUUAUGAAUCCGCGAACUCUGCCAUCGCAUUCACCAGGAAGCUCUUCUUCUACUUUUCUCUGAGUAGAGCAUCCAUUGAAACUGCCAUUUGAAAGCAAGGGCACUGCAGUCUGGUCCCCGUCGUCUCCUUUGGUCAAGCCUGAAGCUCAGCUACCGUAUCUAUACUCUUUUAGUUUGUUCAUUAUUUUCAAGAUUCAAGAUGGUUACCCGCAGCAAAUCCCCCAAGCCCAACGACAAUGCCGUCAAGAACGAGUCGAAUCCCUUGAGAUCGGACCCCGAGUUGUGUGGGUUACUCAAGCGUCUCGAUAAGAUUAAGAAAUACAAGACGUUCAAUCGCUGGAAAACAAAGUUUCUGAACCGCCUGGAUGGUCUGAUUUAUCAAAAAGGAAUGGAUCCGGCCGAACGAACGACGGAAGCUUUUAACAAACUCGUCAAAAAGACGGUCGUGGCGGCGUCCAAAGUGACCAAUCACAUUGAAAAGGGAGAAUUGAGCAGCGAAAAGAAAACCGUCAAGGCAUCAUUGUCAUUGAGCGAAUUGUCCAACAACUUGACGACCACGGUCGAAAAAUUAGAGGAACUCAUCCCUUCCACGGGCAAAGAUGAAAAAAAGCUGGGGUACACCAAGUAUCAUUUGGGUGCAGUGCUGAUCCGACAGGGCUUUCAUCAAUACAUUACCCUCAAGGCCAUUGAAGAUGCCCUCACGGGAAUUGCCGAAAAGGUGGCCGAUGUGGCCGAUCGCCAACAAUUGGAGCUCUUUGAGUACUACAAGACCAAGUUCCAGAGAUUCUGUGAUAUCAUGGCCGAUUUGAACAUGUACGAAAUCAUGAUGAAGUGUGUCGAGUUCCAAGAAGCACCCGAUCCAGAAGAAUCCUCCGAUGAAGAGCCCAUCAUGAUUGAACUUGCCGUCGAAGGACCCGAUGGGAAAACGCAAAUCAUCAAAUUAGAAGUGGAUCCCAGUGACACGCUUGGGAGUAUCAAGGAGAGUAUUGCCGAUGAUAUUGGCAUUCCAGUCGACAAGCAAAUUGUCAAGUUCAAGGGAAAGGAAUUGCCAGACAACAACAUGACUGUAGGCAAGGCAGGACUCCAGGAUGGAUCCAAACUCACGGUGGAACCACUCAAGAUACCCAUCACGGUCAAGACGUAUGAUGGAAAGACCAUUAAACUCAUGGUGGAUCCAGCGACUUACUUGAGCGACAUUAAGCGAAAGGUAGAACCCGAAUCCGGUGUUCCAGCUCAAAAUCAACGGCUCUUUCUCGAUAAGAAAGAACUGGACAAUGACAACCAACGAGCCGACGAUGCCGGGAUCAAAGCCAACACGGUCCUCUACAUGGAACCCAAAAGCAUCAAACUCAAUGUCGAAAUGCCCGAUGGAAGCAAAGUCGAAGUGGAGGUCUCACCCUCGGAUACUACCGAUGAUCUCAAACAAAAAAUUGAAGAGGAGACGGGUAUGAAGGUACCGGAACAAAUCUUGAAACAAAACGGCAAGGAUUUGCCAGCGGGCAAAAAGUUGAAAGAUCUUGGAAUCAAAGAUGGUGAUGACGUGCAGGUGGCCAUCAACAAGGUCCCUGUCAAGGUACAAACCAAAGACGGAAAAACCGUCGAAAUCAUGGUUGCCCCCGACGAUACGUUGGCGGAUAUCAAGAAACAACUGGAAGCUGAAACGGGCCUUCCGUUUGAUCAGCAAGAGUUGACCAUGGAUGGCAAACCCCUCACGGGCGACAAGAAAACGGCGCGAGAUAUGGGUAUCAAGGCGGGGACGACACUCAAGUUGGAUGCCAAGGCGAUAACCAUCACAGUGGAACUCACGGAUGGAACCAAGCAUGUCGUGAAAUUGGACGCCCUGGACUCCAAGUCGGCCAUUGAGAAGUCCAUUGGCAAGACAGGGUUGGCCAAAUUCUUGACAAUCAACUCGGGAACGCUGGAACUGGACACAAACAAAAUAUUCGGAAAAAAGUGAAACCGUGUAAGAAUUGGGUGAGGUGUUGUCUCUCUAAUAAGAAUGUACCUUGCGGAUACAUGGAUAAAAAUAUAACUUGACUGAUUGGAUGUUG